AUGACCUCAGGCUGUGGGAUGGGCUGGACGCAACUCGACACGCAGGAAGGAGAGAAGGCGGAGGAGGAGGAGAAGAAGGGAGUCGACGUGCCGGAGUCACCUGAAUGUCCCCCUGAGGUUCGCUACGUCUCGCUGGCGGCACAGCGUAACCACAAGGGCUCCCGGAGAACUGAACCUCGCCUCUCGGCCAGGGCCCCAACUGUUUUCGAACGACUGGAGAACAUUAGUCUGCUGCGCGCUCCCCUGAGGCUGAGCCGUGGGGAGCAGGAGGAGCAGGAGGGACGAGGGAAGAUAAGUGCCGCUCGGCUAGCGCACAGAGCCGCGCCACAAGCUCAGGGCUGGUCGGGGCGAACGAGGGAGCGACAGGACGAGAGAGAGAGAGACGGCACUCUGGAGAGCAGAGGACUGGCGACCCACAGCAAUCGCACCUCACUGCCAUUGCAGACAGGCGGCGCACGGACCGACGGCAGGACGGACACGCGGGCGGCAGCUGUGAUCGGUGGCUCGGCGGCAGGCUGGUGGAAGAUGUCGUCCGGAGCCAGAGGCGGGGGCAGGCGGUGGGGCGGGACGGGGGCUGGGCCGGGGCACUCCGAGGAGGGCCCGGUUGGAAUCCCGUUCCCGGAACACAGCGCGGAACUGCUGGGGGGCCUCAACGAACAGCGUCUCAGCGGUCAGCUGUGCGACGUGCUGCUUGUGACGCAGGACCGCGAGUUCCCGGCGCACCGCUCCGUCCUGGCAUCCUGCAGCUCCUACUUCCACAAGCUGUUCACAUCGGGCGCUGCCGCGGACCACCAGAGUGUCUACGCCAUCGACUUUGUGCGCGCCGAGGCCAUGGCGGCGCUGCUCGACUUCGCCUACACAGCCACUCUGACCGUGAGCCGCAGCAGCGUAGGCGAGGUGCUGAGCGCCGCACGCCUCCUCGAGAUAGCACCCGUGCAUGAUGUCUGCAGCCACCUGCUGGACACCAAAGUGCUCUCGCUGCCGGUGGAUGCUGAGCACGGCAGGGAAGCCGAGGAGCACGUGAAGGAUGGCGGCGGCGAGCGGAGCAACCGGAUGAGAGCGCGAGAGUACCUCGAGUUCUUCCAGAGUGGGGCGCUGUGGAGCGCUGGACACAGCAGCCCUGAACUCAGGGACCCCCCCUCAAGCCCAGCGGCACCUCUACCUAUGCCCUUCGCCCAGCACAACGGGAUCCCUUCUGGGUGCCGCUCGCCGAAGCUCCGCCCCCAGUGCGAGGAGGAAGCGGCGGAGGGCGGAGGGGAAGGAGAAGGAGAGCAAGAGCGGCACGCGGAGAUGGAAGCGGGUGCUGUAGCGCAGGCGGCUGCUAUACUGGCCUGGCAGAUAGGCGAGGGGGGCAGGACGUCUCCAGGGGUCCACACCCCCUCCCAGAAUGGGCACUACCUCCCCGGCGCAGAGGCCGAGCGGGAUCGCGACGGCGCGUCGGCCAGCGCCCUGCUGCAGCGCAUGAUGGACUCAGUGGGGCGUCAGAAGGAGCGGGGGGCGGAUGGGGCGGAGCUCCAGGACCCGGAGGAGGCCGACGUAGAGUUCUACCUGAACUACUUCAACAGCACUCCCCACGAGGAGGCCGCCGCUGUAGCUCAGGGCUUCCUGCCUCUGUGGACCCCGCGGCGCGGCAGAGUGGCCGGCAGGGGGGGCGGCGCGGGGGCCGGCGCCCCCUCAGGAGAGAAAAAGGUGCGCUCCAAGGCCUUCCAGAAGUGCCCCAUCUGCUCCAAGGUGAUCCAGGGUGCCGGAAAGCUGCCGCGGCACAUCCGCACGCACACGGGAGAGAAGCCCUACGAGUGCGCCAUCUGCAAAGUGCGCUUCACCAGGCAGGACAAGCUGAAGGUGCACAUGCGCAAGCACACAGGUGAGAAGCCCUACCUGUGCACACAGUGUGGCGCCGCCUUCGCCCACAACUACGACCUGAAGAACCACAUGCGGGUCCACACGGGGCUGCGACCCUAUCAGUGCUCGAGCUGCUUCAAGACCUUCGUUCGCUCCGACCACCUGCACCGGCACCUCAAGAAGGACGGCUGCAACGGCGUGCCCUCGCGCCGCGGUCGCAAGCCCCGCACCCGGGACACUGGCCUGCUGGGGGUCGAUCCCGGGACUUCGCCCCCCGCCGGCCCGCGCGCAGGUCGAGGGAAGCGGCGCCCGCAGGACGAGGACCCACAGGACCAGGCCCACGACUUUGCGCGCGGCCCUGCCCGCAACUCCCAGCUGCAGGUGGAGGCAGGGCAAUGAGCCGGGGGAGGACGCAGAGGUGGGGGCGGGUGCUCGGCGGAGGGCUGAUGCCGGACAGGAAGGGGCGACGGGAAACUCCUCUACGAUCCAAUUCAGGGUGUCGGACCGUGUCUCGCGUCUCCGUCUCGCGAGCAUCUAUGCAGGUGGAAGAGUUUUUCCACAAGCCCUGGAAACAGGAGGAGGGGAGGGGUAAGUUCGGGGGGUGCAGCGCACAGUGUCCCACAUCUGCAAAGGGGGGGGCACAAACCAAUGAGAGUAAAAACACAGGUUCAACUCUGUCAUAUAUGCAAGGAAGACACACCCCUGUCGCUAGGAGAACGAGUGCUGCAGGACAGGAAAUGAGAAAACUCUCCGUGUUUUUGAAGCACUACCAUGUCUGGUCACUUCAUUCGGUUUCCUCCUUCUUCUGAACCCCCCCCCCACUUUAAUGUUGUCUUCAGUUUGUCUUAAUUUAAUCGUUUUCGGUUACUGUGUUUUUUUCAUGCUUUCGGUACUUGACACUCAAACGUGUGCGUUCAUGUGUGUGUCAGCUGGUGAUGUUCGGUCCCUUUUGUGAUGAUGAAGAACACUGAUGAUGGGGGGGGGGGGGGGAUGGCUCGGCCAGGCGACCCAGUGCCGGGAGGGGUGGUGCGAUGGUCAGGAUGUCACUGUCCGUGUGCGCGCGCUCGGACGCCUGGAUGGAUUAGCUGGUGUGUCCCGUGUCGCAGCAGCUCCACAUUGUCCCACUUUAACUGAAACUUCCAGAUCUGAGACGAAGAGAGCGACGGAGACGCACAUUCAUCUUUAUUUACUCUUUUUAAAAAUAUUUGCACAUUUUGACGUCAACAGCCCAAGAGAUGAAUCUGUGUUUCCUGAUGAUGGGGAUUGUCGGGAGCGUGUGUUGAGAUGUAUGGCCUGGGCACCGCGGCAAAAUAGAGUAAAGCUGACACUACCUGAGCAUCACUUGCGUGUUACCUGACUGCAGUCUGAAGGUUACGGCUGCAGCAGUGCGUGUGUGCGUGUGUGCGUGUGUGCGUGUGUGCGUG